CCUACCUCAUCCUAAUCAAAUCCUGCUUAUCUUCACUCAAUUAACAUUAUAUCAUUACAAGAUUUGCGACUAGUCCAACAGGAACCAGGAACUGAGGCUCAUGGUUGUUUCUCGGAUCUGCACUAGAUGCCGUCGGUCUCGUCUCAACCCAAAAUCUCAGGUCGACAGACCAUGGAUAGCUGGUCGAAGCACUACAUCCCUGCGGGAUGCCUACGGAUAAGUACAGAUGUCGCUGAGUUGCCACCCGAGGGCCUUACAGUUUGGACCCGGGGUUGUUGGCAUUUCUUUGACCGCGACGAUGAAUUCAUCAUCGACCAUGGCCGCUACCUUCCCCGUGACAUCCAGGAAGCCUUUCUGAAUUCACCAACUCUAGCUCCGUUCUCCGGCUUAUUCAAUGCGGGAUGGAUUCAGCUUUCGUUCCAAAACAGCAUUAUCAGAGUUUACAUUUAUCCUCAUGAUGUCGACCGGCAAGCUAUCACGCGCCCUGGCGAUGCGAGGUUGCUCAAGACCCUUUCAUCACUGCUUAAACAGCUUGAUUAUUCCCCUAUCACGUGGAGCGGAUCAACAAGUUCACUUCCAUGGAACUGUCCAGCUUCAAACUUGGAAGGAACACAUGCUGACGAUGAUGAUUGCUCUCUUCUGGAACGAUUCAACGACCUCCCGUCACCGGAUCCACAACUCGAUCUGGUGACACCGAACUCUUUCAACGCGAUUGCUAUGCAAGGCAUACUUGAUAGCAAAUUGCCCGGCUUACGCACAACACUCUACGCUCAUCAAAGACGUUCGGCUGCUGUUAUGCUGCAGCGGGAGGUAGAGCCUGGCCGAGUUGUUGAUCCUCGACUUAGGUACGCUAUAGACCAGCACAAGCAACCAUGGUAUUUUGAUGCAGAAACCGGGCUGGUUCUGAGAGAACCUCGUUUAUAUGACGGAGCCUCGGGCGGUAUCCUCGCUGAAGAAAUGGGUACAGGCAAGACAUUGAUAUGCCUGGCCGUUAUUCUAGCUACAAAGCAUCUGCCUACAGAGGCACCUGAUGCCUUGACGGUUGAGGUGCCGAGCAGGCCCAGAGUCGGCUCUUUGAUCGAUAUGGCAGCAGCUACUAUCAACAAAUACUCAUUUCCUUGGAAAGCAUUUCUUGCCACAACACCGUCUGAACCGGGAGAAUUCAUCAAAGGUUGCGUCAGAGCUCUGCAAUCGUCCAAGAAUCGCGCUUACUACGAACUCAGAAAUGCGCUUAUUGAGACAAGAAAAGGCGGUCGAACUGAAGCUCCUAGACCCUCAGCCAAGAUCUACCUCAGCAGCACCAGUAUCAUUAUCGUUCCUAAUAAUCUGGUGACACAAUGGCAGCAGGAGAUUGCCAAGCAUACUUCUGGUCUAAAAGUCCUCACUAUGACCGACAACUAUGUGUCAAUACCUCCAACAUCAGUUCUCUUAGAUUAUGACAUCAUUUUGAUAUCUCAAUCAUGUUUCGAGACCAAUGAAAGAUCACGUACGAUCCCAAGUCGUUGGGCGGCUACAACACACUGUCCACUGGACUACAUACGCUUCAAAAGGUGUAUUAUCGACGAAGGACACAGAUUGGGAUCCACAAGAGGAUCUGCUUGGAAGACUGAUCUGAUGAGAGGACUGGAAAGAUUGCAGGUUGCAGCCAGGUGGGUAGUAACCGGCACUCCGUCUCGUGGACUUUAUGGAGUGGUUAGCGAUGAAGACACUCGACAGAAUGGCCGGAAUGAGCUUCAGUCGCAUGAGGCAAACGCAAUUGAUAACCAGGAGCGCGAAGAUCUACUCCGAAUUGGUAGCAUCGCCUCCAAGUUCUUAAAAGUCAGGCCCUGGUCGAAUACCCGGGCGGAAACUGGUGACACGCCUGCAGACUGGAGAGUCUAUGUUAUGCAACCAAGACAUUACCGGAAAAGUAGUGGAAGAAAAGACUGCUUGAAAGCGACUCUAGAGUCUCUGAUCAUCCGUAAUCGUCUUUCGGACGUCUCCAACCACCUGCCACCUGUGGACGAAAGAAUCGUAUUGUUAGAUGGCUCAUAUCAGGACAAGCUAUCACUAAAUUUAUUCUCGAUGAUGAUUGUUUUCAACUCCGUUCAAUCUGAACGAACUGAUCAAGACUAUUUCUUCCAUCCACGGCAGCGUAAAGCGCUCGAUCAACUCGUGAACAACCUGAAGCAAGCAAGCUUCUUCGGCGGCGUUUUUUAUUCCGCUGGGGAAAUUGAGACAUCGCUAAAAACUGCACAAGACUUUUUGGAAGAAAAGAAAGUCCCCAUAAGCUCAAAAGAUUACGAGCUCAUCGUAGCAGCUAUGGAAUUCGGCAGGCUUGCUGCAGAAAACAGACUCAAAGCGGCGAGCAACAGAUUUCACGCUGUACCCCUCUACCUGGAGCAUUUUCCUGGAGGUGACGGGAAACACUGGUCUCUAGAUGACGUAGACACCAACGAGCAGGGGCCAGUGUGUACAGAUGCAGGUUUGAUACACCAACUACAGAAGUUUCUCAAUCCUUGCAUGGAUGCACCGACUUCACUCAAUCGCAUCAUCGAGAAUGGAGAGCUUGCAUUGCAAGGAGAUAUUGCGAGACAACAGGCUGCCGAAUAUGCAGUUGAAGCGGAAGGCCAACAAAGCGCCUCAGACAUGCAAUCCUCGUCUUUGGCUGGUAACACUACACAAGGUAUAGACCACCAUAUCAUUCAGAAAACAAACAUACCAUCCGAGCAGGCGAUUACGGAUGCGUUGGCAGACACUGCUGCUACAACUUCUGAUGUCGACAUUGCUGUACCAUUAGCUCGAACCCGCAUUAUCUCGACCGUCUCUGCAAAGCUAUCAUACCUAGUUGAUGCAAUUGUUAAAUAUCAGGACGAGGAGCAAAUCAUUGUAUUUUACGAGAAUGAUAACGUGGCGUGGUACUUAGCAGGGGUGCUGGAGAUUCUUCAAAUACAGCACCUAAUUUACACAAGAAAGGGGCUAGAUGCAACCCGUCGGGCACAAUACGUCAGCACAUUCACCCACAAUCCUAAAUUCAGGGUCUUGUUGAUGGACAUCAGUCAAGCCGCCUUUGGUCUUGACAUGCGCAGUGCUUCCCGUAUAUAUUUCAUUAGCCCCGUGUUGAACCCUCAAGUUGAGGCACAGGCUAUCGGAAGAGCCCGCCGUAUCAGUCAAAAGAAGCCUGUCACAGUCGAAACACUAGUCCUGCGGGACAGCAUUGAGGAGUUCAUGGUAGAGCGUCGCAAAACCAUGACUCAAGCUGAACAUCGCAAAGUGAAGAGCAUUCUCGACGAUAAACUGAUGCAUGACUGGAUCCUGAACGCGAAGAUCAUACCGAUGCCCGAAGUCGGAGAUGACAACGUCGCUCAGACGGCCAGGCUUAAGGUGCCACAAUAUGUCUUUGGCCGAGGCUUCGGACGAGAGUCACAUCCGGAUGCGGAUCUUGUUAUGGAAAGCCCGACCGCUAGACUGAAGGAGAGGGAAGCGGCAACAGGGCCGAGUACUAAUUGCUUGCCAGUCCCGCAGAAACUCGGCGGUCUGAAGAGAUCUCGCACUUCAACACCUGCACCUGGAACUGGGCCGACGGAGUAUGUCGAUCCAGAUGCCGAUCAUGGACCCAAGGUAAAGAAGAGAAGUCGCGUUGCUUUCACGGAUGACUCCUGAUCAGCUUGAAUCCUGAUGUCCAAAGUCACCAAUUCGAAAGUGGCACGGAAAUAUUGCAUGUACAAUAUAAUCACACCUCGAGCAGGAUGUGUCACGACUGCUCUGAUGGGGUGUACAUAGUCUGAUAAAUACCCGAUGGCGUUGAUUUCUUCGAUUACUAAGCUGCUAAGUUACAAGUCUAUGUCUGGUC